AUGGCAGAAAAACCAGUGUGUAUAGCCACACAAGUGCCCGAGGAUGAAGAUACACAUAAGGAAGAAAAUAUCCGUUGCUUAACAAUGCUUGACCAUUUUGGCUUUGAAUGUCUGCCCCUUCAGUUGGUGAACAAAUCUAUUCAACAAGGAUUCUCUUUUAAUAUUCUCUGUGUGGGGGAAACUGGAAUUGGAAAAACAACACUGAUUGACACAUUGUUUAAUAUUAAUUUUAAAGAACACAAAUCCUCCCAUUUUCACCCAAAUGUUGGACUUAAAAUCCAGACAUAUGAGCUCCAGGAAACUAACAUUCAGUUGAAAUUAACUGUCGUGAAAACAGUGGGCUAUGGUGAUCAAAUCAAUAAAGAAGCCAGCUACCAACCGAUCGUUGACUACUUAGAUGCGCAGUUUGAGGCCUAUCUCCAAGAAGAAUUGAAGAUCAAACGUUCUUACGUCAAAUACCACGACACACGUAUUCAUGUGUGCCUUUACUUCAUUGCACCGACCGGACAUUCUUUGAAGUCACUGGAUCUACUAACCAUGAAGAAGAUCGACAGUAAGGUGAACAUAGUACCACUUAUUGCCAAAGCAGAUACAAUUUCCAAAAAUGAUUUGCAGAUGUUUAAGAGUAAGAUAAUGAGCGAAUUGGCUGACAAUGGCAUCCAGAUCUACCAGAUUCCAGAAGAUGAUGAAGCAAGUGCACUAGUGAGUGUAAGUGGACAUCUACCCUUUGCUGUGGUAGGGAGCAUGGAAGAGGUUAAAGUUGGAAAAAGAAUGGUCAGAGGCCGUCAGUACCCAUGGGGAGUGUUGCAAGUGGAAAAUGAAAGCCACUGUGAUUUUGUGAAGCUGCGAGACCUGCUGCUGUGUACUAACAUGGAGGACCUGAAAGAGCAGACCCACACGCGGCACUAUGAGAGCUACCGGUCCUACAGACUGAAGAAAAUGGGCUUUACAGAUGUGGGUCCGGACAACCAACCUAUCAGUUUUCAAGAGAUCUAUGAAGCCAAGAGGAAAGAGUUUUCAGAGCAAUGUCAGAGGGAAGAAGAGCAAUUGAAACAGAGAUUUAUGCAGCGGGUAAAGGAAAAAGAAGCCGCUUUUAAAGAAGCUGAAAAAGAGCUACAGGAAAAAUUUGAGCACCUUAAAAGAAUCCAGGAAGAGGAGACAGUGAAACUUGAAGAAGAGAGAAGACAACUGGAAGAAGAAAUCAUCGAUUUUUAUAAAACGAAAGCGGCGUCUGAAUCCUUGCAGGCCCAGUCGGGCACCAACAUAAAGAAGGACAAAGAACGGAAGAAGUAA